AUGAGUCAGCCUAUGAAGGAGAAGAACAGCUUCAGUGGCGAGAACGAGUUUCUGGAAUACGGCUCAAGUAGCAUGCAAGGAUGGCGGCGCACCAUGGAGGAUGCGCACACGCUGCUACUGCUCGAGAAGGGUGGGUUCUUUGGUGUCUACGACGGCCACAGCGGGGCUGCAACGGCCAAGUACUGCGGCGAGUACAUGUUUCAAUUUGUGCACCAGACGAAGGCGUUCAUGAAGGGCGAGAUCUCGAAGGCGCUGUACGACAGCUUCAUUGCAAUUGACAAGUACCUGCACACUCUCCCGAAUUUU